GGAGACUGAGCCCCUCCAUUGCUGGAUUCUGGAGCUUAGUCUACUGCCCCUCCACACCACCCCCAUAAGACUUUUCUACCUGACCUGGCCCGACCCCUCUACACCACCUUCGGCUACUCCGUCAAGCAUACUUACAUUGCCUACUCUGGACAACCAACAAGGCAGACAACGCACAAACCACCAACCGAACCCAAACCAAGACCAGCCCACCCACCCGAUAAGCAAUUACUACCGACAACAUGGUCUACGUAAUCACCGUCCACCUGCACGCCAACGACCACCCGGACAGCGUCGACAAGAUCAAGGCCAAGCUGAUCGAGGCCUCGCGCGUCUACUCAAAGGACAAGGAGACCCUCAGCUGGUUCGUCUCCCAGUCUACCUCGGACCCCAGGGACUUCACCAUCGUCGAGCGCUACGAGAAGGAGAGCAGCCAGAAGUAUCACCUCGAGAACCCGUACUGGAAGACCUUCGACCCCUACGUCAUCCCUCUCCUCGACAGGCCCAUGGACCUCCGCCGCAGCGAGGAGCUCGACACCAGCAAGGACGUGGUCGUGCCGGCCUAGAUAGAUCCCACCUACACACCUAGAUACUCAAACAAAUAUGAACUGAACCCGUGACACAAUUGAACACUUGGAGUGCCAGUACAUUAACAGCACAUGUUGUACACUGUAACUGCCAAAGCAUAUGGCAUAUGUAAACUACUGUAGACCUUGCUACGCUUAUUCAAUGAAGACGUUGUGGCCGCAUUCAGCACCCCCAAGGGCCAGCAUCAAAACACGUGACCCGCCGCCAACCGGCCCCAAGCCAGGUCUGAAACACGAC